AUGCAAGGUAGAUCAAUUGCAGAGAAUAUUGCUAUUUCCCAAGAGCUUCUCAAAGAUUUAAACAGAAAGGUUCGGGGUGGUAAUAUUGUGCUUAAGUUGGAUAUGGAAAAAGCCUAUGAUAGGUUAGAUUGGUAUUUCCUAAAGCAAGUUUUAUUCAAAUUUGGUUUCUGUUCCUCGUGGAUCACGCUAGUUGAGAAAUGUUGGGCCAAUGCUUGGUUCUCAGUGCUUGUUGAUGGGGAGGCUUCAGGAUUCUUCAAAUCCUUGAGAGGGAUGAGGGGUCUUGCAUCCUUGAGGGCUUUGAAGUCGUUCCUUGAUGGAUAUCAACAAGGCAUGGGGCAAAAAGUCAACCUUCAAAAGAGCUCUUUCCUCCACUCUCCUAAGCUGGGUGAAGCUAGGGUGAGAGCAAUUGAAGCGAUUCUUGAGAUUGCUAGGGCGUCAAGGGUGUUCAUGUAUUUGGGAGUCCAUUAG